GCGCAGCAUCGUGAGAGAUAAAUCGUCUACAGAUCAGAUGAUGAUAAUAAAAACUUUGUGGAGGAAUGGCUUUGGUAUGGAGUGCUUGAAGGCCGCUGUAGUGUUCGUACUGGUGCUGAAUACAUCAGCAUUCAAAGUGUCGGAUCUUAAUUUCUGCUACACAGAAGAUAGUUGCAAUGCACACAGAUGGGUACAGACCUUUUCCACAUGUGGUGUCAAACAGUCCACACCGCAGUCCCCCAUCAAUUUGAACCCCAAUUUGAAGAUGAAUGAAUCCAUCCCUCCUCUGGAGCUUCAGGGAUUCGGUGUAAAGCAGAAAUCCUGGACUGUGGCUAACAUUCGACACACUGUUGUUGUGGAGUUUCAAGAAGGCAUGACUGUAAGGGGUGCUGGAUUAAAGCAUGACUAUCGUAUUGUAGAGAUGAGGUUCCACUGGGGGUCAAAUACCACCAAUGGAUCAGAGCACACACUUAAUAAACAGAGAUUUCCGAUGGAGAUGCAGAUAGUGGGUUUUGCUCCUGGAUUUGACAGUGUGGAAGCAGCUUCGGGUGCACAGUCAGGCCUGCUCAUGAUGGGCGUCUUCAUUGAUAUUGUAAACAAAGUAAAUAAACCUUUUGAAGUCAUAUCUGCUGCUAUCAGCAGGGUCCCAUACCCAGGUGACUGGGUGAACGUGACUCCACCAGCACUGUCAGACCUUGUUCCUGCUGAUGAUAACAGGUACUUUCAAUAUCAGGGUGGCCAAACCACUCCCCCCUGUCACCAAAACGUGGCCUGGAUUGUGUUUGAGAAGCCCAUUGUCAUCUCCAGAGACCAGUAUCUGCAGUUUACUAAGCAUGUUUAUUACUCAGGCAAAAAUGACUCGGUGAGGAAGCAGUUGGUGGAGAAUUAUCGUUUCAUUCAGUCCAACCUCGAUCGUCCAGUCUUUGUUUCCUCCGCUGUUAUCAGCAAUUCAGCUAAAGGAGGCACUCAGAGCCAGCACUUCUUCAUCUGCCUAGUCUUCAUAACCAGCAUACUUUCCAUCUAUAUAGUUUAA